AUGAACGAUUCAUUCUGCCGCGUAGUUAAAAUAAAUAAUCCGGAGCUGAAAAUAAUCACCGACUAUGACAUCGGCGAGGACCAGCAGAUGCAGGCCGAAAUAGAGGUGCUUAAAAAUGCACUGGCCGAUAAGCACUCCCAGCUAUUAGCUAUGGAGAAUGCCUGUCUGCAGGAAAGUGACCGGCAGGUGGAGCUAGAAGAUAGUAUAAUCGCUUGGCAGGAUAAGUACGAGCGACUUUAUGAAUCACACAAGCGGGUCCAGAAAGUGAAUCAGAAUCUGGAGGACAAGUUGCUAAAACUGGUGGAUCGGAAUUCGGGCGAACGGGCUCAGCUGACGAGUGAUGUGGCCACCCUAAGUGUGCGGUUAGCCCAAGCAAACUAUAACAUUCAGAAUUUGAAGCGGGAAAUUGCACCCAAAAGAUCCUUAGAUUUGGCCCUUGAGAGUGAAGAAUUUGAAAAGGUGGGUAUUGAAGAGACUUCUUUCCCAGAAUCAUCGCGUCCAAUAGGAAGAGGCAAAAAGGCAAAAGAGAGCGCUACAUGCAGAAAUGGAACUAGCAAAAUCGGGAAGUCUGUUUAG